UUCCUCCCGGCGAAGAUGGCGGCUCCCUUAACUCUGGUUUUAAUUGUAGCUGUAACAAUUAGAGCCGUGCUCUUCAGAUCGAGUUUGGCAGAUCUUAUAUCGGAGCGAGUGGAAGUAGUAUCUCCCUUAAAUGCCUGGAAAAGAGUUGUGGAGGGCCUAGCUCUUCUGGACUUGGGAGUGUCGCCGUACUCGGGGGAUGUGUUUCACGAAACACCUCUUAUCAUAUACCUCUUUCACUUUGUCAUUGACUAUGCUGAUAUUGUGUUCAUGAUAGCUGAUGGGAUCACAGCCGUGGCACUCUACUUGGCUGUCCAGGACUAUAACAAGGCUGUGUUCAGGAAACAGAAGUUUGCUCUGGAGGCUGACCGCUACCCCCACGACUGCAUAGAGCUCAUCCGCACUCCUAAACAGAUGCACUACAUCCCGCUCAAAGUGGCUCUGUUUUACCUGUUGAACCCAUUCACUGUACUUUCAUGCGUGGCCAAGUCGACCUGUGGGCUCAACAAUGCCGUCAUCGCACUCUUCAUCCUGUGUACAGUAAAAGGAAGUGCCUUAUUGAGUGCGAUUUUCUUGGCCUUGGCCACAUACCAGUCCAUCUACCCUCUCACGCUGUUUGCCCCGGCACUCCUGUACCUGCUACAGAGACUCUACAUCCCUGUGAAUCUGCGCAGGCCCAGUUUCUGGUUCUUCACGUUGCAGUACGCGGUCAUGUUCCUGGGAAGUCUGUGUGUCAUCGUCUGUCUGUCCUUCUUCCUGCUCAGUUCCUGGGACUUCAUCCCCUCUGUAUACGGAUUCAUUCUGUCAGUGCCAGACCUCACCCCCAACAUUGGCCUGUUCUGGUACUUCUUCGCAGAGAUGUUCGAGCACUUCCGCCUCUUCUUCAUCUGCGUCUUCCAAAUCAACAUCUUCUUCUACACCAUUCCGCUCUCCAUCAAGCUGAAGGAGCAUCCAGUCUUUCUGAUAUUCAUGCAGAUCGCCAUCAUCUCAAUCUUCAAGUCCUACCCUACGGUGGGCGACAUCGCUCUCUACAUGGCCUUCCUGCCGGUCUGGAACCACCUGUACAGAUUCCUGAGGAACAUCUUCCUGGUGUCCUGCGUGCUUCUGGCUUGCUCCGCCCUCUUCCCCGUCCUUUGGCACCUAUGGAUCUACGCUGGGAGCGCCAAUUCCAACUUCUACUACGCCAUCACACUGCUUUUCAAUGUGGCACAGAUCCUGCUGGUGUCGGAUUACUUCUACGCCUACCUUCGGCGCGAGCACCACCUGACCCACGGCCUGUACCUGAAAAAGAAGGACGGCAGCGAGGCCACCCUGGUGCUGAAGUAGAUCUGUGUGUGGGAGGGGUCCUGGAGGCAGUGGGGGUGGGGUGACCCCGUAAGAUCACCAUGCUUUAUUUGAUUGAGUUUUUUUUUAUUUAUGUGAGAGCUGUUUAUUUCGUUUUGUUUUGCGGACGCAGUCCUUGCGGACCAAAGUCUGAGCAUUUUGAAGGUACUCCUGAUGGGAAAGCUGCGAGGUGUAGCAGCCCGGGAGAGAUUCUGCAGGAUUCCUGUCCUUGCUCAGACACCAGGAGUGUGGCCAGGGGGUGUGCAGGAUCUGUUGGCUCUCUGCUUUAUUUUUGCAUUUUCACUAUGAUUUCAGAGAGGACCAACUCUCACUCCCUCAGCCUAUCAGCACGUGCAGCCCAACAACAUUGUGUCCUUCACACAAAUCAGAACACUGCUGCAGUUCUAGCCUUAUCCUGCAGAGGGCAGCAUGUGAAUGUGUGUCAGAAUGUUGUAUGUCUGGCUGAAAUUACUAAAGCAGAAAGCAGGCAAAGAAAACACAACUUUGGAAGUAAGAUAUAUUUGGCAUGAUUAAAGCUAGACAUUAUUUCACCCACAUUGCCAAAGUCUGGUGAUGCUCUUUGCAUUUGUGAAUGUGAAACAGUUUUUGAUCCAUGUCUUGUUUUUCUCACUUUUUUUUUCACUGAAGUUGCCAUUAUUUUGAUUGAUAAGGGAAGUCAUAUGUACAUUAUGUAUUUAAUACCAUUUCUAAGGUACUCAUGUACUUCAACACUUGCAUUGAAACACUUAAACUUUUUUACGGUAUUAACAGAGGACAUCUGGAAAAUAGAAAAUAUUUGAGGGAAAAUAUUCGGUGUGUCAGUGAGAGCAGAUGGCAGUGAACUCAAAGGAUGUACAACUCUAACAAUGUACAGGAACACUUGUUUAGAUUUAUGUUGCCAAGUUGUAUGAAAUUUUCAUUUUAUAUACAAGGCAUUUAGAGUCGUGUGCCAGGAAUGAUAUUUUGAUUGAAUGGUCAGUGAGUGAAAUGCAGUGGUUUGCAUUUCUGGAGGGUAUUUUUUUACCUCUCCUCCCAGCCUCUAGCAUUGGGUUCGCCUGUUGUGCUGUUCUGCUGGGCUCCCAUGUAAUACCCCACCUCCAUGGCUGUGCUGUGCAGGGGUGGUGCAAGGGGUGAGGCUUACCCCUCGGUGCAGGCCCCCAGGAACAUUCAGUAGGAAAAAAAACAGCCUUCAGAGCCUGAGAACCCACAGUAACCCAGCGGUCAGCAGAUUUCCGGCAUCCCUAACCCGUCUACAUCAGGCACGGUUACAGGACUAGAACAGAGGACAUGACAAGGAUAACAGCAUUUAUUCUUUCAGCACUUCCACUUUAACCACUUCCUCCAACCAGGAAAGCAGCACCUUUUCAAUAUAGCCACGUGACCCACUGUCUCGAAUGUGCAGCAAUGGGGCUGCACGGGAUUUGGAUUUCAAUAGAUCGUUCCCUUACACCUGUUCUUUUUUCUUACAUAUACAAGAGCUUGAACUAAGAAUAUUUUCUGCAUUUGGGGAUUUAAAACUGGAUUGAUAUCAUGAAACUGUACGGUUUCCCUAAAGCGGGUGUGUUCAUAAAGAACUGCACUGACUGUGUGUUUAUAGUGGUAUUGCAGGGAAAUGGCCCUUUCCCUUGGUCAUAUCUUGCCUGACAGCAAAUGGUGUUUGAGGAACAGUGUUUGAAUCAGUUUUCACUCGUCUCUGAAAACCCAUGCUAGUCUAUUUCGGGGGGGAAAAACACCACUCGGCACGAACACUACAAUGUUUAUUAAAACAAAGAAUAUGCAUUUAAGGUAAGUCACAUGAAGUGAACAGUGUCUUUUUGUUCAUGGGAUGGUAGUGUUGCAGUUGGCUCUCAAGAUUUUUUUUUUUUGGAAUUUCAAGUGACAAACUAUUUUGAGUUAAAUAACUGAGGAACUAAAAUAUUAACGUAAAUCAUUACGGACUUCUUCCAGAAAGAACUAGACAUGUCUUGUCAUGUGGAGUGGUUUACUCUUGCCAAAUACAGUCUGGGCAUGAACUAAGAAACUAGCUUGUCAUUUGGAAUUCUGGGCAGAGAGGAUUUUUUUUAAUUGCCACAGGUCAGGAUAUUUCCUCAGAAUAACUCCUCUGGAAUAAUGUAAACUACUACCAUUAUUGUAUAUUCUAUUCUUAUGUUUGAUUUCUCCAUUACUUUUGUUGUACUUUUUAUUUUAAGAGAAAUUGAGCCAUUGGGGAA